AUGAAUAAGAGUCCAAAACCUUGCUUGAAAAACAGGUCCCCCAACAAUCAAUUGAAUACUAUAAGAAACUAUCUUUUCCAGAUUUGUGAAAUAGGAAACUUGGCAACACAUAUUUUAUUAAGAAAUCUUCGACCACCAGGAAGUACUGUAAGAAAAAUCCCGAGACCAGAUGGAUUUCCACUGAAUAAAAUGUUCGAUUUAGUGUCUUGCCCUAAUUAUACUUAUGAAGUUGGAUCUUGGAUUGGAUUUACUCUAUUAACUUCUUGUAUACCAGCUGGUCUCUUCACUAUUGCUGGGUUCUAUCAAAUGGCUGUGUGGGCUCUUGGAAAACACAGAAAUUAUAAAAAAGAAUUUCCUGAUUACCCAAAAGGAAGAAAAGCCAUUGUCCCCUUCAUUCUUUAAGUUAGUUUCCUGUUUUAUUUUGGUGUAUGAUUUUGUUACUGUUUGAUAAUUAUUUGCUUUAAUAAAUGUUCUGAAAAGUUUUA